AUGGCAAAGCAAGAAACGACUUCCACCGGACUCAUUCGCCACCCAAUACAGGAAGCCAGAGACUGGAGUGGCGCCGAUGACCCCGGAAAUCCACGCAACUUCUCCCUCACCCGGAAAGUGAUGGCAACGCUCACGUAUACUCUCCUGGCUUUCGUGAGCACCUUUGCCGCGUCACUCUACAGCCCGGGCAUCGACCAAGUCAGAUAUGACUUCGGCUGCUCCGACGAGGUCGCAAUUCUGCCUCUUUCUUUGUACAACCUCGGAAUGGCGUUUGGACCUCUUAUUGGCUCUCCACUGAGCGAGACAGCUGGCAGAAAAGUAGUCAUCCUCAUCACCACGCCGCUGUUUGCCCUCUUCACAUUAGGAGCAGGUUUCUCCAACUCAGUGGCCAGUUUGAUCGUCUGUCGCUUCUUUGCGGGCGUCUUCGCCGCGCCAGCAAUCGGCAAUGCAUCCGCCACCAUUACAGAUUACACUGAUAGCCGCCAUCGAGGAACCACCAUGGGCUUCUACUACGCCGUUCCAACCUUCGGUGCUGUGCUCGGUCCACUUGUUGGCGGCUUCAUCGUCGAAGCACGGGGCUGGAGAUGGACUCAGUGGACGACUAUCUUCUUCAUUGUGACCUUCUAUAUCCCCAUCAUCUUCACCAGAGAAACAUACAAGAAGACCAUCCUGCAGCAGAGGGCCAAGAGACUCAACAUUGAAGGUCCGCCCACGCCACAGCGAACGCUCAUGCAAUCGGUUCACUACUUUACCAUGAUUUUAGUCCUUCGACCGGCACACAUGCUUGUCACAGAGCCGAUCGUAACCCUGGUCUGCCUCUACAGUGGCUUUCUCUUCGGCCUCAUGUACACCUAUGUGAUUGCUUCUCCGUGGAUCUACCAACACUACUACAAUUUCGACCUCACCGCCCAGUCACUCUCAUUCAUCGGUCUGGCCACCGGCGCACUCACAGCAACAAUUCCCCUUACGAUGCUGGACUACUACCUCUAUCAACCUCGCCUCCGCAAAUUUCAAUCCUCUUACCCACCCGACACACGCUGCCCACCCGAAAAUCGCCUCUAUCCAGCCAUGAUCGCAUCUCCCUUGCUGCCGGCCUUCCUCUUCCUCUUCGCCUGGACAGCCCGGCCCUCAAUCCACUGGGUCGUGCCCAUCAUCUCCCAAAGCCUAGCCAUGGCUUCUAGCGUCAUGAUCUAUGCACCCUGCAACCUCUUCAUGAUCGAUGCUUACGGCCCACUGUACGGCGCUUCAGCAGCAGGCGCAGCCAUGCUCUGUCGCUACAGCCAGAGCACCGCUUUCCCGCUCUUCUCGCUCCAGAUGUACCGCGCUCUUGGAGUAGGUUGGGCGACUAGUAUCCUAGCCUUUUGCACUCUGGCAAUGGCACCCAUACCCUGGCUCUUCUGGCACUUUGGCGAGCAAAUCCGACAGAGAACCAAGUAUGAAACUAGUGCUUAG